UUUCACCAGCAACUCUAGUCACGAGAUAUUUAGACAAUAGCUUUGACGCGUCAAAUAAUAAAGAAAGGAUGAAAGUUAAAACAUUUCAGAUUCACUGGCAUAAAGAUUCCUUACCCAUCUUUUCAAUCCAUUUUCAGCCAGGGGGAACCGGCAGGUUUGCAACUGCAGGUAUGGACUAUAGAGUCAUGAUGUGGAAACUUGUUAAAACCCAAACGGAAUUGCCUCAGGUUAUAUUUUUAUCAACUUUAAAACACCAUACGGCGCCCGUUAAUGUGGCCAGAUUCUCUCCUAAAGGUGAGCUUCUGGCAUCCGCUGGUGAUGAUGGAAUUGUUUGCUUGUGGAAACUUAUGGAAAAUAAAGAUUCAAAGAAAAUUUUUG